AAAAUUACGCAAUUUGAAGUUAUUAAAGUUAAUAUAUUCGUAAAGUGGAAAUAAUAAUGUCUUCAAAGAAAUGUGGAAAAUCGAAAUUUAUAUCAGAAGAUAUAAAAGAUUUGAUGAACGAGUCCCAAUUCUUAAAAGAUUCGCCGCUUACUAAGAAAACUAUUAAGCGCGCAAAACCGGACAAUUUAGUAGAUGAUGGUCCCCAAAUCAAUCAAAUUGGAAAUAAAAAAAGAAAAAUUGAAGCUGAUAUUGAAGCUAGUACACAAUCUCGACAAAAGAUUCUAGACGUUAUGGAUCAACAAUUAAUUUCGAGGAAGAAAAGCAAUGAAAACCUUUUCAAGUGUCUUUCUGAUUUAAUAUCACAACUGGAGAGUGAUCAUACUGUAAUGAAGGAGAAUGAACAAAAACUGGAGCAACUAACUGCGGCGCUGAAUAAGUGCAUACAGCAAGCAACAGUUGCUCACAAGCAAAUAUUGAAAGCAUUGAAGGAAAUUCAUGAUUCCUUUAUGAAACAAUGCGAUGAGAUGCAGUCGGAACAUAAAGCAGAAACAAAUCAACUAGCAGAUGAGCUUGCAGAAGACAUAAAAAAAUUACAACAGAAGCUAGUAUUAGACACUAAGCGUAGUGGAUGGGAAGCAAUGCGUCGAACAAUAUUUCAUGCCAUGCAAAAUGAUUUUUGAAUGUUGAUGACAGUUCUUUUUUUUUUCAUUUCAGUACCUUAUAGAAUAAAAUGAAAUUUUAUAAUACUUAUUGUUUUGUUUAUGAAAUUGUACAUGAUAUAAACAGAAAAAAUAGAUACUUAGUUGAGAUGUUGAUGUUGAUGAUUUUGCUGAGAGUUCAGACAUUCUGUUAUUUGGGUUUUCUCCACAUACUUUUUUGUGUUGUCACUUAUUUUCAUAAGGUAGCUUUGUUGUUUUCUCUGUCUUAUAUUCACAUUGGAGUCCGGUACAUAGUCUUAGAUAGUCUUCCUCUUUACUACUAUUCCUCCAUCAGGCUCUCAGAGGAUAAAAAUAUAGUGGCUUUGAGCAGUAUUUACUAUCAAAGUAAUCGGGAAGAUAAAGCUACAUCUGCUUCUAAAAUUUUGUCAGUCCUCAACAGAGGGAAGCGAUAUUUCGUUUAUGGGCAAACACUAGUGCUGUAGGAUAUUUACAAUGAAGAAUAAAAUCAUGUAAUAAAAAGCAAAA